AUGUCGUCACUUUGUAUUCCAGUGCUGGCAGCUAGUACACCUUCCAACUUUAGCAUCGGAGGAACGCUCGGAGCAAUGUAUAUUGGAGCUACCAUUGCUGCAGUGUUCUACGGGAUAACCAUCCUUCAGACAGCUAUCUAUUACAAACUGAAUCCUAACGACCCAUGGAUCUUUCGCUACAUGGUCGCUUUACUAUGGGUACUCGAUACGCUCCAUGUUGCUUUGAGCGCACAUGCACUCUAUUUUUAUCUUAUUGAAUCAUUCGGAAAUUAUCACACGCUUUUCAAGAUCAUCUGGAGCUUUCGGCUGCAGUUCGUGAUCAAUGUGCGUCUUCGGGUAUCAUUUAGUGAUCCUUGGUUGACUAUUGUUGGAGCAACUUAUCCCGGUUCCACAGAUUAUAUGCCGUCAGAAUCUGGAAACGUUUUUGGCCGUCAUUUUCACGUGGUCUUGCCCUGGUUCAUUUUCCUUUUUGUCGCAGCUACAUUCGGCUCUGGACUCUAUGUUAUUUACGACACGUACACCCUGUCGAGCUUUGUACAGUGCGUGACGCUCAAAAUCGACAUCCCGUGA